AUGACAGGUUUAAGCCCAGUUAAAUCAGCUAGAGAAAGACCAAUACUAGCAAGACUUGACCAAGCAGAUGAAGGAAGUAUACUAGAGUGUUGGAAUGCACUUGGGGAGAUAAAAUCUUGCACAAAUGAAAUAGUUGCUUAUUUCACAAUUGGCACAAUUGAUAUUGACUUACCUUGUUGUCAAGCCAUUUCUGUCAUUACACAUCAUUGUUGGCCUGCUAUGCUUAGUACCCUUGGGUUCACUCCUGAACAAACAAAUAUUUUGAGAGGUUAUUGUGAUGCUUCUAAUUCUGCAACUACUAAUGUUUCUUCUAAUUCUAGUUCUGCUCCUUCUCCAUUGGUGCUGCCUUUGGACAUAAAGAGUGAUUAG